ACCAUCAGUAACUUCUACUUGCUUGCAUAACAGACGGAUCUACGAAGCACUCCUGCAGAUUGUGGAAGCACUAAUUUCAUCAAGUAGCCAUGUCUAAUACGAUUCCAGUCCCGAAUGUAAAUGGUGUAACAAGCGAUUUGCAACUGGAAGUGAGUAACUUGACAUUGAAUGGUAUACCAAUAGGGAAAGACUCCAAAGAUGUUACUGUAUUCCAACACAAGACAGGAACCUUCAAGGUCAAAGCAGGACUGGCACAGAUGGCUAAAGGAGGAAUUAUAAUGGACGUCACUACAGCAGAAGAAGCAAGAGUAGCUGAAAAUGCAGGGGCCUGUGCUGUGAUGUCCUUGGAAAGAGUUCCAGCUGACAUUCGUAAACAGGGUGGGGUAGCAAGAAUGACUGAUCCCAAGAGGACGAAAGAAAUCAUGAAGGCAGUCACAAUCCCUGUGAUGGCUAAAGCCAGGAUUGGACACUUUGCCGAGGCACAGAUCUUGGAGGCAAUUGGAGUGGACAUGAUUGACGAAUCAGAAGUGUUGACUCCUGCUGAUGAGUCGCACCACAUUGACAAACACAAGUUUACAGUGCCCUUUGUUUGUGGAGCAAGAGACCUAGGAGAAGCUCUGAGAAGGAUUAGUGAGGGAGCAGCUAUGAUUAGGACUAAAGGACAAGCAGGAACAGGUGAUGUUGCUGAAGCUGUUCGCCAUGCAAGAACCAUCCGCAAUCAAAUUCGUCAUGCACAGUCAUUAGACUCAGCUGAACUAUUCUCCUAUGCAAAAGAGUUGAGGGUUCCAUUUGAGCUUCUUCAAAAGACCGCUGAGAUGGGACGCCUACCAGUUGUAAACUUUGCUGCUGGAGGUCUGGCCACACCUGCUGAUGUAGCACUACUGAUGCAGCUUGGGGUGGACGGCGUCUUUGUUGGUUCAGGAAUCUUCAAGAGCGACAACCCCAAGAAAAGGGCAUGGGCAAUGGCUCAGGCUGUCACUCAUUACAACAACCCUAAGAAGCUUGCAGAACUCAGCGAGGAUUUGGGAGAGGCCAUGUUUGGAACACCUGUUUCUGAUGUCAAGCACAAGUUUCAAUAAGCUUUAUUGGGAAGUAACUAUUAUAGGGACACAAGAGCAAGCUGUAGUCCUGUAGUGUUUACACAUGUACAAGCAACAAUACGAGAGGAUCCUGAGUACAUCAUAUGAAAAACUCCAGUGUUAUUAUUUAUGUAAUAUUUGAUCAUAUUUUCAUUUUACAGGAUAUUUUUACUUUUUAGUAGGUUAGAAAUCCCAGAAACUUAGAUUCAAAACUUUAAUGUUUGAGGGAUUUUUGUGCUAGUGAUAAGUAAUGAAAAAAUAUUUUUUGGUUCAACUGGUACGAAGCUGCGUGGCAUGUUCUAAGUUACUGGGCAGUGAAUGUGAACUAUUUUCUACUCUCCCAGGCAUUGGACGUGCCUUGUUAAGUACCAACAAAGAACAAAAUUUCAUUAACUAAGUUAUAAUUUUACUAGUGUCCAUGGUCAUAUGUUUAUGAAUCCUUUGCAAACAAGACUUUGUCAUCAGUUGACUUACAGUCAAUGAUGUAUUAACAGAGAUCAAGCAUGGAUCUAUAACAAUAGAGUGAAAGAUAAUGCUAGCUUUACAAGUGGCCUGUUAUUCCACGUGAAAAUACCAAAACAGUCCUAUUAUUAUACACCUUCACAGGAAUUAGAAAGUAAUUUACUUGGAUACCAAAGUAAUGAUAUGCAACAGUUAGGUAAUAUUAUUAUAACUGAGGGUAUUUAACCAUACAUCAGACUCAAUAAAACAGUUCUUCUCUUCUACAAA